AUAAAACAAUUCCAAAGUCUAUUGAUAAAUUUUUGUACAGGACAUCGUGACUUUGUGGUUUUAGCUUUAGGAUACCGCAUGAAAUCACUUUGGUAAACACACUCCGUACAUAUGGUUAUUUGUCACGAACACUCCAUCCAUUAAAAUAAUAUUUUUGUGCUAACUAGACACUUUUUUACAUGGUUUAGACCAAAUUGCCUCUCCUUUCUCUUUCGAUUCCUCUCUUCCUCCUUAUCCCUUUCUUUCUCUCCCUCCUUCAUCUCUUCUCCGCGGUGCGUGCGCCCUGCUCGGCGGUCGCGCCCGGAGUGCGUGUGGUCUGCUCAACGAUGGCAGUGGCGCUCGGAGCGUGGAUGGCGACAGCGGCGGCACCCGGUGCGCGUGCAGCCUGCUCGACGAUGGCGGCGGCGCUGGACCUUCCCGGCAUGGCCAAGAAUGCGGCGAUUGUGGUCGCCGUCUAGAAUCUCCCCGGCGUAGCGAGGAGCACAGUGGAUUACACCGUAGAAGCCUCACAGUAGUGGCUGGUAGUGGUGGCCUCCUGCAGGGCCGGUGGUGAAGGCGUGGCUCUCCUCCAUGCUGCUUGGCGAGGAGCUUGAGCUGCUCUGGGCCAAGCUGGUCGUGGCCAAGAAGGAGGCGGCGGGGAAGAAGCGGGUGGCGGUGGAGGAGCUCCGCCGGCGCGUUGACUAUGGGCGUGACGAGUUGCAGCGGCUGCGGUCAGAUGUCGCCGCACCGAGGAAGGAGAAGCACGCGUUGGAGCAGCGGUGUGCUGGCGUGGUCCGCGGCUGCUGCUGCCGCCGAGCAAGCCGCGUGCGCUCCGGGCGCCGCCGCCGCUGCCAAGCUUGUCUCCCGCUGUGACCAGCCGUCUGCCGCAACGCCUCAGCAGCCGACACCGCUGUGCUCUUGGCCGCUUCCAGGAACAUUUCGACAACCACAGGGCUCACCGGCCAGCAACACGUCGACAACCUCACCGGAGAAGAGAGAAAGGAGGGAGAGAGAGAAAGGAGGAGCAAUUUGGUCAUGUAAAAAAGUGAGCCUCCUCUUAUGCCCGAUCCAGGUGGCUCUCUCAACGGUGGCGUGGUUAUCCUGGUUGGCAAUGGCAGUGAGGCGGCGGUCCACGGUGGUGGCACUGUUAUGCUUGAUGUCCGCGUGGCAGUCCCAGAUGGCGACGUGGCGGUCCAUGGUGGCGGCGCUAUGCCCGGUGUCGGCGCAACAGUCGCAGGGAGCAGCGGCGUGGAGGUCACGGGAGGUGGCAUGGGGUCCGAAGGCGGCGGCACGGGGUCCGCAAGUGACGGCAUGAUGGUCACAGGAGGCGAGGAGGCCGCAAGCGGCGAAUCGACGAUCACUGGGGGCGGCGAGGAGGCCACAGUUGCCGGUCCCUGACCGUCUUCAUUGCCGUCUCUCAGGUGCUGCCGACAAUCACCCGAGAAGACCCGAUGACAUGACCUGGGUGUGAUGGCACCCAGAUCGUCACACCCUCGCAUCACCCCAGCCCCGCCCCAUCGCGCCCUCCCGACGCCCAUUUUGGGAAUCUGCCUAUCCUCCUAGGAUAGGAGGAAGGGCACUGUGGAGAGGAGAAAGGGGAGAUGGCGGUGCCGGCAUGCUGCUGCAGAUGAGGGGCCAGAAACAGGUCAAUAGCUCUGUUCUAUUGCUAGCUACUCCGUACCUUGUUUCUUUUUUUCUUUUACUUACUAUAUGACAAAUUGAUUAAUCUCCCUGUUGGGUUUUUAUUAAUUCUGAUGGAGGGAAGUACGUUUUGUUUUGAUUGAUAA